CUGGUGAAAAAUUCGAAAUUGUCCACUGACUUUUCAGAGUGCAGCUGAAAUUCGCCAAAUUUUCCAAUACUAAAUGCAACUGUGACUGAGCCUAAAACUGUCAUUUGAACAUUGCUUCAUGAAUUUUCAUCAACUAAUUCCGUGAAUUUCAAUCAGAUUAUUCUAAAAAUUCUCCGCGAUCACCAUUGAAUUCAAAUUAGUUCCUAAUCCAAUACAGUAGAAAUAUGUCAUUCACAGUCGAUACCGCAACAUUGUGAGUGUGAGUGUGAAUGGAAAUUUGCACAGCGGCAACAAGCAUCGGGUAAUACGCGUGAAAUGGCAUAAACCGACGGCAGUGCGUUUUGAACGGCCAUGUUAGUGUUCAAUCACAAAAUCAUCAACAACGUAUACCGAUGCAAAAACAUAAACAGAAACCUCAUUGUAACCACGAAAUUUGAUUGGAAUCAAACGAUCCAUUCGAAUUUGAACGAACCAAACUGGUCAGCUAAUUAAAUUACAGCCAUAAAAUUGGUACGGCUUAGGCUAAUUUUUAUUCUGUUUCUCGUACAAUAAUAAAAAGUGGCAAAAUAUACAAACGCAUGCACAUUGCACAUUGUUAUUUCGAUUGUGUCCGGAACGGAAUCGAAGUGAAGUUGAUGUGAACACACGUACAAAAUCGAAUACACAUAUAAAUUGUCGUUCUGUUGCGUGAGCCUGUCGUCACUCAUAUACAUGUAUAUAUAAAUUCGUUUUGGAAAUCCUUAUUCGAAAUUUCGCCAAUUCAUCGCAAUUUGACAAAGAACGAUUUUCAAACAAGAAGAUCAUUGACUCGUGCGAAUGACUGCUACCAAGAGUUCAUAAAACGAGAAACCUAAGUGGCAACAGAAUUAAAAUAUAAUAUAUACACACACACACUCACACUCAUACACUUGAAUCGCGCUGUUCAAAAGAAACAUUUUGAAGCGCACACAGUGAAGUGAAACGAGAGAAUUUUUGUUUUGUUUGUUUGUUUUUUUUUUCUGCGGUGGAGAAACUUUAACGAGAUAAAGACUAAAUUUUUUCUUCAAUAUGCUUAUCACAAUAAAAAAUUUACAACAGCAAACCUUUCACGUGGAAUUCGAUCCAUCGGAAACGGUGUUGAAGCUGAAAGAAAAGAUCGAAGCCGAACGUGGCAAGGACUAUCCAACAGAGAGCCAAAAACUUAUCUAUGCAGGUAUGAUAUUAGCUGACGAUAAAACCAUUGCGUCGUACAAUUUCGACGAAAAAAAGUUUAUUGUUGUUAUGGUAAAUAAAAGUGCAAAAAAAGACACGAAGCCGGAAGAGGCAGCGUCUACAACGACCUCGUCAACCGCAUCGUCUACAAAAACCGAAGAAGCCAGUUCAACAAAUGUUAAAGCAGCCACGAAUGUCGAAGCGAAAAAGGAAACGGCGAAAACAGACGAGCCUGUAUCCAGUGAAAGUACGCCUGCUACGACAACACCACCACAGGAACAACCAGCGCUAUCGGCGCAAUCAGCCGCCGAAUCGGCACUUAUAACUUCGGGUGAUGAAUACAAUAGCAUGGUUUCAAACAUUGUUGAAAUGGGUUAUAGCAGAGAUAUGGUGGAGCGAGCGUUACGCGCCAGUUUCAACAAUCCCGAUCGUGCUGUUGAAUAUUUGCUUAGCGGAAUACCGGACAGUGGUAAUUUGGAGGAGCUCAACAAUCCGGUGGGCAGUGCAGCUGCCGCUGCCGGUCUCGUUGACGAUGGUGCUGGCAAUAUCAAUAUACCUGCGUCCACCGAAGGUAAUGCAGAUCCAUUGGCUUUUCUGCGCAGCCAACCACAAUUCCAUCAAAUGCGAAAUUUGAUCCAUCAAAAUCCGGAACUAUUGAAUGCAGCCUUGCAACAGAUUGGUCAAACGAAUCCCGCUUUGCUGCAACUGAUAUCGGAGAAUCAAGAAUCUUUCCUUAACAUGUUGAACGAACCAAAUGCCGAUGAAUUGAAUGUGGAUGUGGCCAACAGCGGAGGCGGUGGUGGUGGUGGUGUUGGUGCCGGUGGUCUUGCCGCACCAACCGGGGCCGCUGCUGGAGAGCGACCAUCCGAUGCAACGCUUGUUUUGACCGCACAAGAUCGUGACGCCAUCGAACGGCUCAAGGGCUUAGGAUUUCCAGAGCAUUUGGUGUUGCAAGCAUAUUUUGCGUGUGAGAAAAACGAGAAUUUAGCCGCUAAUUUUUUGUUAUCGUCAAACAUGGAUGAUUAACUAGGAAUCAAAGUGGAAACGAAUAUAUAUAUAAAAAAAAAAGAAAACAACAAUAAUAGUUUAGCCAAAACCAACUCUGAAUGAAAAUACAAUACAAAUUCCGCGAGAAAAAAAAAUUCAACAAAAAAUAAAUAAAUAAACCAACAACCAACCCA